GGAACAUGGGUAGAACUGUCAAAGCGGCGGGAGAGUAGACAAAUACACACCACAGCUUUAUGUUUAAAAUUGUGUGAUUUUGGUGCGUUAUUUACUUGUUCAGAACUAUUGUGUAAUUUGAAUAUUUACACUAACUCAAUCUAUAUGUGGUUAUAGGCUUAAUGUCGUUUAUUGUGCUGGAGUAUUGCUUUUAAAACUAUCCCCGUGGAUCAGGUGUUGGAUUUGUUUUGGAUUAAGCUAGCCACUACUUUUUACCGCUCCAAAGACAAUGGCGAAGGUCCAAGUGUUAAAUGUGGCCGUCUUGGAUAACCCGAGUCCAUUUGGAAACCCAUUCCAGUUUGAAAUAACCUUUGAGUGUAUGGAGGAUCUUCCAGAAGAUCUGGAAUGGAAGAUAAUCUAUGUUGGUUCAGCAGAGAGUGAAGAGUAUGACCAGGUGCUUGAUUCAGUGCUGGUUGGCCCUGUCCCCGCUGGGAGGCAUAUGUUUGUUUUUCAGGCUGAUGCUCCAAUUACCGGAUUAAUCCCUGAGAGUGAUGCAGUCGGUGUCACUGUGGUCCUCAUCACCUGCACUUACCGUGGACAAGAGUUUAUCCGCAUCGGUUAUUAUGUAAACAAUGAAUAUACCGACCCUGAGCUUCGAGAAAAUCCACCAAUCAAACCAGACUACACACAGCUCCAGAGAAAUAUUUUGGCUUCAAACCCACGCGUUACAAGAUUUCACAUAAACUGGGAGGGCACUGCAGAGCGAAUGGAAGACUGUGAAAAUGUUGAUCCAUCAUCAAACUCCAUGCUUCCACCGUCCUGUCUCCCAGGAAAGGCACCACCCAUGGGAAUACUUCCUGAUAACUCCAUGGACUGCAUGUAAAAGUGGCAUCUGCGUUUAAGGUGACAAGUCAACCGCAAAUUCUACUAAAAUGCCUAUGGACAUUAAGUGUAAAGUUACAAACAUCCCUUUGCCUUACAACUGCCACUAGUUUGUUUCUGUGAAUCACUCGGACUUCAGAUUAUGAAUACCUCGCUGUGGUAGGUGCUGCACUAGAUGACAAGUCCUUUUGCUACAAUGGUUGAGUCAAGUAUUUUUUCUUGGGUAAGGGCAGACAAUGCAGCUAAAGAGGAACAUGACAGAAAAAUGUUAUGUUGAUUGCAUUUAUUUUAUUCUCCUUUUGUUGUGCAAAGGGGUUGCAAUAUAAAUAUCAGCUAUGAAGCAAUAGGACAGUAUUCAGCUGUUUUUGAUGUGUGUGUUUUUCCGUUCUGGAUUUAAAUAAUAAAUUGGAUUUCAAUUUUUCAA